CCCCCCUCCCUCCCUUCCUUCCUUCCCCCUCAAAAAGUUAACCUCAACGAAAACAUUGCAGCAUUGCACCACUUGUCACGGUUCUCUUUCAAUAUUUCUGCUAAUGCUCUGAAACCAACUAACUCCUAAGUAUGGCUAAAAUAUUCACCCCCACAAAUCAAAUAAGACUCACAAAUGUGGCAAUAGUGCGCAUGAAAAAAGGGGGGAAACGCUUUGAAAUAGCCUGUUACAAGAAUAAAGUUGUCUCUUGGAGAAACGAUGUGGAGAAGGACAUUGACGAAGUUUUGCAAACACAUUCAGUGUUUACGAAUGUGUCGAAAGGACAAGUAGCCAAGAAAGAGGAUUUAAUUAAAGCGUUUGGCAAAGAUGACCAGACUGAAAUAUGUAAAGAAAUUCUUUCUAAGGGUGAAUUACAAGUUUCCGACAAGGAAAGAAAUUCUCAGCUGGAGUCGCUGUUUAAGGACAUAGCUACUACAGUCGCUGAUAAAUGUGUUAAUCCAGAAACCAAACGACCGUACCCAGUAUCCAUGAUAGAACAGGCAAUGAAAGAAGUACAUUUUUCUGUAAAGCCAAAUAGAAAUGCCAAGCAACAGGCAUUGGAUGUAAUACCAAUGUUGAAGGAAGCAAUUCCUAUUGAAAGAGCCCAGAUGAGAAUACGGGUUGUAAUAGCUGGCAAAGAAGCUCGCAAAGUUCGGGAGCAACUUGUUAAACUAGCAUCCAAGGUGGAAUGUGAAGAUUGGGAAAGUGGAACAUUAAAUUUUGUGUGUCUGAUUGAUCCAGGACAUUUCAGAACGGUUGACGAAGUUGUGCGUUCUGAGACCAGAGGUGCAGGGCAGCUUGAACUGUUGAAUUUGAAGGAGGUCACCGAAGGUGAAGAGUUAUUGGAAUAAUGCUGUACUCAAAUCUGUAAAAUUAUCAAACUAUAAUUUAAUUUUCUUAUAAUUUCAAAUAUAUACUAAACCAAACCAA